UUGUGGAGAGGUGGGGUGAGGGGGCGAGGCCGCGGCGAGGGCUGUAGAACUCUCCUCCCCUCGGCCUCCACGGCGUGGGACGGCGUGGACGUGGUUCCGGAGGGAUGUCCGCCUUCUCGGAGGCGGCGCUGGAGAAGAAGCUGUCGGAGUUGAGUAACUCGCAGCAGAGCGUGCAGACCUUGUCGCUGUGGCUCAUCCACCAUCGCAAGCACUCGCGGCCCAUCGUCACGGUGUGGGAGCGGGAGCUGCGGAAAGCCAAACCCAACAGGAAGCUUACUUUCCUCUACCUGGCCAAUGACGUCAUUCAAAACAGCAAAAGAAAGGGGCCAGAGUUUACAAAAGAUUUUGCACCAGUUAUAGUAGAGGCUUUUAAGCAUGUUUCAAGUGAAACCGAUGAAAGCUGUAAGAAGCACCUUGGAAGAGUGCUGUCUAUUUGGGAAGAAAGAUCUGUUUAUGAAAAUGACGUUUUAGAACAACUCAGGCAAGCUCUAUAUGGUGAUAAGAAGGCAAGGAAGCGAACUUAUGAACAGAUAAAAGUGGAUGAGAAUGAAAAUUGUUCUUCUCUGGGAUCCCCAAGUGAGCCACCUCAGACUCUAGACCUUGUCAGAGCAUUACAGGAUCUAGAAAAUGCAGCCUCGGGUGAUGCAGCAGUUCAUCAGAGGAUAGCUUCUUUGCCUGUUGAAGUCCAAGAAGUCUCCCUGCUUGAUAAAAUAACAGAUAAAGAAUCUGGAGAAAGGCUUUCUAAAAUGGUAGAGGAUGCUUGUAUGUUGCUGGCAGAUUAUAAUGGCAGAUUGGCGGCAGAGAUAGAUGAUAGAAAGCAACUCACUCGAAUGUUAGCAGAUUUUCUUCGUUGUCAAAAGGAAGCCCUUGCAGAGAAAGAACAUAAAUUGGAAGAAUACAAGCGCAAGCUAGCCAGAGUUUCCAUGGUGCGCAAAGAACUCAGGUCUCGGAUCCAGAGCCUGCCAGAUCUGUCUCGACUGCCUAAUGUCACUGGCAGUCACAUGCACCUGCCCUUUGCUGGGGACAUCUACAGCGAAGAUUGACAGCCACUCUCUUUCCCAAGUCCAGGACUUUGCGAGAGAUGGAGACAGGUUAGGUGGAUAGUCCUGUAGCAUUAUUUUUAUAUAGUGUUGAGAGAAUGGUACUAACACAAGAAAUGACAAGUAAUUUAUAAAAUUGUUUAAAAUUGUUCAUUUACUAUUUUAUUAGUGAGUUAACCUGACAGUUUAAACAAGGUAAUGAUCUCUGUGAAUUAAUGAACUUACAAAUAGUGAUUAUUUUCAACAGAUCUUUUUGUAAAUUUUUUUUUUUUUUGAUUGAGGGCCUUGUGACAAAUUCCAUGUUUCUGUUCCUUCAUAUAUUUCAAUUGUUUUUCUUUACUUUCUUUAGUAUCUAAUCACUGUAUGCUGUCUAAUUCCUAAAUGGGAAGAACUAAUCAGGAACUGGUUGAGACUUUAGUAAAGUUAGGACUUGAUUAUGGACAGGGUUAAGUGUUAGAACAUUCUUUGCCCCUUUUCUCAACCCAAAUACUGGCGCUGUGCCUUCUCAUGGCUUUAAUUUUUAUUCAUUGGAGGUCAGUAAUUUAACACUAACAUGAACACCACAUGGAAGGUCAGAUCAAAGCUUAGAGAACUUUUCCUCAGUAGCACUGUAGUAGUCCUAUUUCUGAUUGCCAGGACAGACUAAAAAGACUGUUCAAAAGGGACUCCAUUGAUAGAACCAUAUGGAAAAAAGCUGUAGAUUUGUUGUUCUGCCAAGAGAGAACACCUUUGAUUCUAGAGCUGACCUCUGUCUUCUGGGUCAUUCAUCUCUUAACAUGACUGAACCUUUAAUAAAAGAGCCACUUUUAUUAUUCAUCAUCAAUAGUACUGUUAGCUUUAAUAGCUCAAGAAGUUAAUAUAUAUUAAUUUUCAAUAAAGCAGCCUGGAACAUUUAGCUAUCUCUUGAAGGUUCUUGAAUAUUUGGGAAUUAGGCAAUCCUAUACUACAGGGUAGAUCUGGUAACCCUUUUAUUUGUAUGUUUACAGAUGUAAAUACAGAACAAAUGUACUUUUAUUUCUAACCCUAUGUGUUAGAGCAGCUGCAUGCUCUCCAGCUUUCCUUUUCAAUCACAUUGUUAAGCUGUGGAUUUGUAUUCAAUGAUGACAGGAUAAGCAUUUUUCUCAUUCAUUACUUUACAUCUCUGACAUUUCUCAUUGUAAUCGCAUCGAAUUAGGUACUUAAUAGAACUCCUUUUAAAUACUAAAUGCCAAUUAUGCCUCACUACUCUAGCUUCACCCUUAACUUUUUUGUUCAGUAUUAGCAAUUGUAGGUGAAAUGAAUUUAAAUGUGGAGAAGGCAAAUAAUUUAUUUUUAAGGGCCAGUAGUUUGGGAAACUGUGCUUUUAACAGCUUGACCUCUUCCCUAAACAGAGAUCCAUGUAAGGAGUCACCCCAUGCACAUCUGUUAUAUUCUGGUGUGUGUUUUAGAGUAUUUGGGGAGUUAGGACACAUUUUCUCCCAGAAAUUCCAGUAGUUAGGCUCCCUGUGUACACUACCACUGAUGCUUACUUACCAGGGAACCUGUGCUUAGUUUAUAAUGUGGUUGGUAAGUUACUGAAUGCAUAUCCAGCAUUUGUAGUAGCAUUUUGAAGCAUGAUGUGUAACAGUUACUCACAUAUUGGGUGUCUGCCUGUGCUGUAUGUCUCUGUCCCUUGGUAUAGGGACUAGAAGAAAAGAUUCAGCCAAGGAGGGCAGUGAUCAAUGCACAAUUACAAAACCUGGUUAGACCUGUUAAGAAAGGGUGCAAGUAAGUUAGUCUUGUUAGUGCGAAAGCAAAGCCAUGUAUGUUAACUUAUUUUCAGUAUCAUGACCUUAUUUAUGAUCUGCUAACAUGGUGGUUUAUCCAUCCAAUACACACAUACACACACACACACACACACACACACACACACACACACUUUCCAUUUGUAACUAAUUUAUAAACCAUGUGCUCCUGGGAAAAUUUGCUGAAAUAUUUUCACCAUUUAAGGCAGACUUCUGACUUGGAUACCCAUUUUAAUGCUGGCAUCUGCUCUGAAUAUUUAUAAGAUAUAUUUAUUUUUGUAAAGAGCUUGAUGAGAUUUGUGAGUGAUGGUACCCAAGAACCUGAGUCCACCUUUGACCAACCCUCCACAGACUUCUGGGUCAGAUAGUCCUGCAUCUCACUAGCUGAACACAAACUAAAUCUGUCUACAAGUCACAUAUCCAGUCUUACAAUAGUUAGUGGUGUAGGCCUUAGCAGUAAAUUGUCUUUUCAAAAGGAAAUACAUUUUCUCAAGAAAUGGGUUUAGGUUGGGGUACUAAAUACCAAAUUCUAAAUCAUGAGCAUUUUCUCCUCUGUGGACCUCAGACAAAUCAUGCAUCUUAAUGCCACUGGCCUGUUCCCUCAAGCGAGAGAACCUUGUCACCUUAUUUGCAGUGAGGGUGCCGUGCUUUGAAUGGACACCAUUACUCUUUUCUCCACAAACAGUGCAGAGAGCUGUCUGGAGUGACAAUUUGAGCAGAUUCCCUGACGCUCCUGCCUUCAAUACAGUAAGUAAAGACACAGGAACUGGGCAUCUUGAGAAAAUCGGCUGUCAUCUGAGGAAAACCAUUCCAUGUAUAGCUGUUGGGGAAACUCUUUCACAUGUAUUCUGAACCAGGGUUUUCUUACAAGCACUCCUUGAGAAUCAACAAAAGCUGGGGUGAUCCCCAUGAUUUUGAUUUGCAAGCAACAGAAUGCUCACUGUCAGUUGUCACUGUCCAUGAGCAACACAUCUUUACAGUAUAGUUAGUGAAUGAACUGGUUCUUAGAACUCCUACAGAAAAACUCAACAGUAAACUAAUUGGGAAAGAUAGAAGGUCCUUCCUGAAUUUCCCACUCUAAAAAUUAAAAUCAUAUGAAAUCACUUACAGCUACUAAAUUCUAAAUUGUUUCUUUUUUCUUUCUUUCUUUUUUUUUGCUAUUAAGAAAUAGCUUAAAGAUGCAGUCUUGUUUCACAGUUGCUGCAGUGUAUCAAUCUUGUAUGAGUGUAAGCUCAGUUCUCUAUGGAGAAAAGGAAUGUUUAGGGAAUGUUGUGUUAAUAGAUUUAUUUAUACUGACCAUUUGUUGCCAACUGUGAUUACAGCCAUCCAGUCUGUGCAAGGUGGCAGUAGCACUAAGAUGAACUUGCCCUGUUUGUUUACUGUUGGCUAUAUCUGAUGACAGUAAAAGAUCUUCUUAAUAAAGUUUUAUGUUCUUUUUGAA